AUGGCGCUGGUAGCCUACUCCGACUCUGAAGGCUCAGAUGUCGAGUCCGACAUCAAGCCCGCACCUUCAACGAAGAAUACUGAGUCUGGAGGCUUUGCCGUCGACCGCAGUAACCCGCGCAAGAUUCGAGUCGCUCUCCCAGAGCUCAAGCCGGACCCUUCAGCCCACAAGGAUUCCGAAGAUGGCCCUGCGCGCAAAAAGCCUCGAGUGGGUGGAGGCGGUGGUGCCUUUUCUGGCUUCAGCUCUUUUCUCCCCGCGCCCAAACGUACUGCGGAGAAAAAGGCUCCGCUAGCUUCUACCCGGAAACCCUUCAGCCUUAAAACUGGCGCAGAGCGUGGAUUCGACAGAGAAGCAGACACGGAGAUUAAAUAUCAUACAGAGCCUAGCACUGGCGCAGGUGGAGAAGGCGCUCCUACGUCAGGCAGUCUUGGACAGUCGGCUUCAAAGUCCAAUAGUCCAGCCGCCACCCAGACUCCGACCGGCGAGGUCAAACUACAAGGCAAUCCUAUGAUGUUUAGACCGCUGUCUGUUGGUCGCCCGCAAAAGAAGAAGAAGAAGACCACCGCAGCCGCCGCUCAGCCGUCACUUUCAACGCCCGCUCCCGCAGCAGUAGAACAGCAGUCCACCGUAACGGCAUCCGCUGCAAGCACUGCGCCGCCUCCCCCGAAACCCAAAGUCAGCCUCUUCUCUUUAUCCUCAGAAGAGACUACAUCUACAACCGACCCCUCACAAUCAGCUGGAGCUAGUGCCUACGAGCCACUAGUUUAUGAAGCGGAAACACCAUCAGCCGGCCCUACACUCGCACCUGAAUCCAUCGCACCCGAACCCAACUAUACGCCAGCAAACCCCGUAUCGUCCUCAUUGAACAACAUCGCCAAUGAUCUGAAUCUAUCCAAGUCCGAGCGCCGCCAACUCUUUGGUCGCAAUGCGCCCUCCGCAGACUCGCGAGUCCUUACAUUCAACACAGACCAAGAGUACGCGCAUAACCAAGCCCUGGCCGAGACAGAACUUGCCGCAACCCAGCAUAACCCUGUCCGUGCCAUCGCGCCAGGAAAACACUCCUUGCAACAGUUGGUCAAUGCGGCAGCUUCGCAAAAGGAUGCUUUGGAAGAGAGUUUUGCUUCGGGUCGGAGGAACAAAAAGGAGUCUGGGUCAAGAUAUGGGUGGUAG